CACAAACCGAAAAAUAAAUAAAUACUCGUAUUAAAUAUUGAAACCAUAUGUAUCAACGUUGAAGAAAACCCAUAUAUAUCUGAUAUCCCUAUACUCUAUAUUAUCUCCUCCAUCUUCACCAACCAUCCAAAACCCUAACCCUAAUUUUAUCCACCCCAAAAUUCCUAAUCAGACACAAACACACAUGACCGAACGAUUAUAAUCAGAUCAAAUCGAGUCGAAUCAACACCAGAUUCAUUAUUUAUUUAUUUUCUAACAAACGAUGUCUGCGAUAGUGUGCGGGAAGAGAUCUUUCUUUGAAGAUAAUAAUAAUAACAUUUCAACUUCCCCCAAUUCCGCGUCUUCUCAGCCGCCUUCUAAAAAACUCCGCUGCUUUUCUUCCACUUCCCCUGUCCGGUUUUCGUCUUUCGUUACUUCUCCGCCUUCCCCGUCUCUUAUCGAUAAGCUCUUAUCGGUUUUCCCCAAUAUGGAUAAGAAGCUUUUGGAGAAAGCAUUGGAAAAGAGUGGAAAUGACUUGGAUUCCGCUAUUAAGAGUCUUAACGAGCUCUGUCUUGGAUAUGUGGAUGGAACGUCGGAUUCGCCAGUGCAGUCAAAUGCGGUAAAUGAUAAAGGCCCUGCUACUUCCAGUGAUAAUGUUUCUUCGGAGAACUCAUCGGCUCAUGACAACAAUCCUAAAAGUGGCCCGGAAUGGGUUGAGUUAUUUGUUACUGAAAUGACAAGUUCUACCAGCAUCGAUGAUGCUAGACUUCGAGCCAUGAGGGUACUUGAAAGUUUGGAGAAAUCUAUAACCAACCGUGCUGCUGGUGAGGCUGCAGGAACCCAUCACAAGGAAACCCUAGCACUCAAGCAACAAAUCGAAGUGCUUCUGCGGGAGAACACAAUACUGAAACGUGCAGUAGCCAUUCAGCAUGAACGUCAAAAAGAGUAUGAUGAGAGGAACCAGGAGGUGCAACAGUUGAAGCAGAUGUUAUCCCAAUAUCAAGAGCAGUUGAGGACACUUGAGGUGAAUAACUAUGCAUUGACAAUGCAUCUGCAACAAGCUCAGGAACACAACUCUAUUCCUGGACGGUUCCAUCCUGACGUCUUCUAAUAAAGAGGUAAAAGCCGUGUGGAGAGCUAAACAAUGUGCUUCGUUAUAUUAUGGGGCAUGCUGGUAGAUUUUGGUUAUAAAUAUUGUUUGUGUGAAAGUCUACAACGGCAAGUAGAUUAUAUAGUCUGUUAUAUUUAUGAAAUACAUUGCUCUUGUAUGCUUGUUUGGUUGAUUUAAAAUAUUGAGACAUCAGUUUAAUAUUUUUGAGCUUUGUUGUGAUAUACAGUAUUUAUUAUUCUUAUAAAUUAAUCUUCAAGGGGAAAUCUACCCUUUUUUCUAGUA